AUGAUGGACGGCAUCAGCGCAGCCGCGGCUAUACUCCAAGUCGCUCAAAUGGCUGGCCAAGCCGCCAUGACAGCGCACGAUUUAUUUUCCACCAUCAAGAAUGCCCCUAAUGAAAUUAAUGCGAUCAAAAACGAUAUUUUGUCCUUCCAGAUACUAGUCAGCAGCCUCGAAAGAUCAUUGAGCAGCAGCGAUGUCUUCGAUAUGGUCAACGAGGAUUCAGAGAUAAGCCACGCCAUUCUGACUCUGCUUAGCCCUAUUGAGAACUGCAAAAUUGCCCUGGACCGCAUACUGCAAAAGAUGAAGCCGUAUCUCAAAACUGAGACCUCGUCCCCGGAUCCGAAAACUGGCAGUACGUAUUCGCCCCGAACUGGCGAAACUCGCAUGAAUGGCGUACUGUGGUAUUUUAGACGGAGGGAGGUAUUUGCGUUGUCGUUGGAGCUUGAACGGACGAAAUCUACGUUUGGUAAUGCUAUGGGCCAUGUAACUUUGAUAAUUUCGACAAAAUCAGCUCUAGGAUUUGGAGAUAGGACCUUUCAAGGAAAAAUCGAGUUUAAUCCAGAUGUUGGCACUUCCCUGUUCGAAUAUGCUAGCACGGUGAAAGCUGCCGAGCACCCAGACGAUGAAGCAACGCCAUUCCCUAGACACUUAGCCGACCACGAGGAGACAAGCAGGCCAAAUCUACCAUCUGGCCCCGAGGCGGCUAAGGACAUUAAAGCCGCUAUGAUGCAAGGGGGUGGAUUGCUCCUAAAAGCUAUAUUGGCCCAUGCUCAUGUUGAUGCACGCGACAAAAAAGGCCGCACGGCGUUGUCGCACGCUGCCGAAAAGGGUCAACUUGAGAGUGUGAAAAUUCUGCUCAAACACGGGGCGUCGGUAUCCGCUCGUCAGUGGAGUGUUACCGGGUGGGCUGGAGGUAAAAGCCCCUAUCGUCAUAGUGGCGCAACCGCGCUGUGGCAGGCAACGGAGUACGGCCAUUUGGAGAUUGUGAAGUUGCUUUUAGAGCAUGGAGCAAAUCCGGAAGGCUGGGCACCUAUACAUGGAGCAGUAUGUCGGGAUUCUGUAGAGGUAUUGCAACUCCUCAUUGAUCAUGGGGCUUUGAUCGAGCUUCCUACCACACAACCUGAAGGAAAGACCCCGCUUCACUAUUCCGUCGCGCAUAAGACAAUGCAAUGCAUGAAGAUGCUUCUACAGCAUGGCGCGGAUCCGAAUAGCCUCAUGCUCGAAAGUGUGACUCCUUUACAUCUAGCUGCUGCAGGAGGAUGGAUCCCUGGUAUCAAAUUACUGAUGGAACAAGACGUCUUUAUCGAUGCUAGGGAUGCCCUUCUUUUCGAGACAGCUCUACACAAAGCAGCACGGAAUUGUGAGCAUAGCGCGAUUGCAAAACUGCGUGAACUAGGGGCGAACCAGGAAGCGAAGAACGUGGAUGGUUUGACUUAUCAGGAAAUUCUGGAAUUCGCAACAGAAGCGCCAAAGGAGUGGAGAGUUGCUUCGCACUUAGGGGUUUAUAUUAGCCAGGGUGUAUGGCAAUUGACUCAUGACGCAUGA